AUGGAGGUGCAGAAGCGCGUCCGCCGCUUCCUCGCGCUCCACGCGCUGCUCCUCUACGCCGCCACCCCCACCGCGCCCUCGGGCAAAUUCUCCGCCGGGGGCAGCGGCGCGGUCUCUGUGCCCUUCUCCCGCCUCGGCGCCCUCUCGCGCCGCCAGCUCCGCCUCGCGCCCCUCGACGCUGGCAACUUCAUGCUGCGCCACCCGCACGCCUUCCACCUCUUCCUCCACCCGGUCCACCGCAUCCUCCACGUGCGCCUCACCCCGCGCGCCUCCGCCGCGCUGCGCCUCGAGGCCGACGCCAUCGCCUCCCUGCGCCCCGGCGCCGUCCUCCGCCUCCGCAAGCUGCUCCUCCUCGCGCCCCCGCACCACCGCCUCCGGCUGGAGCACAUCCGUCUCCUCCGCCGCGACUUCGGCCUCCCCGACGACUUCGCCGACUCCGUCAUCCUGUCCAAUCCCGCUCUGUUCCGCCUCACGCCUGACGGGUUCGUCGAGUUUGUGCCCUCCCCUGACGACCCACCCGACCUCACCGUCGCCGCCGUCGAGCGCUCCCGGGAGCGCCACUACCGCGAGCACCGUGCUCCCGGCGCUGGCGAGGAGGACGCGCGCUUCGCGUUCCCCACCCGCUUUCCGCCGGGCUUUAAGAUUGGCAAGUAUUUCCGCAUUGCAGUUUGGAAGUGGCAGCGCCUCCCCUACGCUUCCCCGUAUGCGGACGUCUCUGGCCACGACCUGCGCUCACUUGAGGCACAACGCCGCAUGGAGAAGCCGAAUAUGGAUCGGAUGUUCACCAGCAUGGGCCGUGGAUGGGAUGAGCUUGGUGGUGGUCGUCGUGGAGGAGCAGAAUUGAGGGAGAAGUUUCUUGGGGAUGCAGGUGGCAGAAAGAGGAAAGUUGGCGCUGACGAUGAGGACGAUGGUGCCGAUAGUGGGGAGGACUCGGGAGUUGAAUCACUCUACAUCGACUGA